AUGGAGAGACAAAAUCAGCUUGUCUGCUAGAGACACUAGUUUUAAAAAAAUAAUUUGCAAUUUAUUUGUAUGAAUAAAGAUCUACCUGAGGGAUUAAGUAGACUGCUUUGCUAGUAUUGUCUUGAAGAUUCGAAUUCGUAGAAUUUAAUAUUAGCGUCCAUAGAUGGACUAAAGAUUAACACAAAAAUUCUCAAUCAAUGGCCUCCUCUUCACCAAUAAAUAAAUUUAAAAGGGAUUCAACAAAAGCAUUUAAAUUUGGAUUAAGAGUAAAUAGUAGAUUUCUAUGAUAAUUUGAAAAACUAAAUAUGCGAAAUGAUAGAAAAAUAAAAAAAGCUAGACAUAAAGCUGCAUUAUGAGAUAUCAAACAAUCAAGAUUUUAUUUAAAAGUACUAUGAAAUUUCUGAUUUCAACUAAUUCUCAAAGAUAAUCGAGCACACUAAUUUAUCUUUGUAAUAAAUCGAAUAGCAGUUGGAAGACUUAAUAAAGCUGAAGUACUAACAAAAAGACUAAAAUUAAUCCUUUGUAAACUCUUUGUGUGAAAAGAAUCUGUAUAAUGUAGUAGAUUAAAGCGAGCUAGUUAGACUUAAAGAAGAAAUCUUAAACAAAUUAUAAUAAUUCUCAUAUUUUUAAAAAUUUUAAUAAAGUGAUAUUGUUUAAAACAUGAUUUAAUGCAACUAUGCUGAUUCUUAGCAAAUAAAAAUUGAGAAAAAUAAUGGAAGAAUCUAGUUAAUACCAAGUAGAACUCUAAUUGGUCAAGUAUAUUCAGAGCAGCCAAUAAAUUAAGACCUAAUUUAUGAAUUUAUUAUCAAUUUCAAAUAAAAGCCAACCAAUUACAUUUGCAUAGGUUUUGAGGAAGAGAGUCUUAAAAACAGAUACCUUGGUAGCUAUGGCCGUAACUCUUUUAUUUUCGGAUAAACAAACGACCUAUUUUGUAAUGAGCUUGUAAAAGGAAAUACAAAUUUGUAGGAUAUCUGUUAAAAUGAGUUUGUUGAAAAUGUGAUCAUUCAAGUAUUGCUUAAAGAAAAUAAAUUUUACAUUGCAGAUUAUCCUUAAAAAAGAGCAGUUAAUUGCAUGAAUUAAAAUCAAUACAAAUUUAAAAGAGAAGAAUAAUAUUAUUUAACAAUAUUAAUUUACGAUUAAAGUACAUAAAUUGAAAUAUUAUCAAGCAGAAUAAUAUCAAAUUUUACACUUUUAUGA